AUGAUCAUAAAGCAAGCACCAAAGAGAGGCAAAGGCCUAGGGGCUGACCUUAGUGGUAAGUUUUUCAAAAAGCAAUACUAAGAGAAUGUAAGCAGCGACGUUGUUGAGCGACGAAGGUCAACCGCAAGUGGACUUUUUGUACUUUUGAGCCAUGAAUUUGAAUUUAGGCAAAUCGUCUCUAUAAGAGAAAAUAAUCUUAGCUGUAAAAAUUUAGUAGCGCAAGGCAUUAUAAAAGAGAAAACUUACUUAACCCAGGUAGAACAAAGCUUGUGAUGUUUGGCAGCAGACAAAUGACUCCCAAAGUAAAUGACUUUCGCCUUUCUCUUUAAAUACAAAUUUAUAGGCGAAAGUUAUAAAGGAGAUCACAAACCCUUAACCUUCCUCCUCUGUCCUAUUCUUAAUUCUCUCGUUCCUUCGUCUCUCCAGUCUUCGACUCGACUGGAAAGGAGCUGCUCGUAGCCUAGGAGCUUAGUUAAUAUAGAAACUUUCAGAUUCAGUGAAGAAAGACAGACAGAUAGACACAGAGCCACUUUUGGGCAGACAGGCCGUCAGACAAACUUUUAACUAGCCAAUAAUUUAACCAUACAGUUGGUUAAAUGGCCAGUCACCUAAACUAAGUUCGACAAAUACGGUUCCUUCCAUCGGUCAGUCAAUCUAUUAGACUUUCCACAAGUCGACCUCAAGAGUUUCGAAUUCUAAGCGAGCGAGCCACGAGGUCGCGAGAGAUCAAUCGGACGAAGGACUUCUUUGAAAGUCUAUCAAUCAAUCAGCAUUAAUAUAAAAAAUAUUUGAGUACACGAGGCUACGUUAUUAGCAUGCUUCUGAGUUGUAAGAUUACUCCCUCAUUCAUUUCCAGAUCGAUUUAUAACAAGUGGAGACUGGGAAAUUGACGAUGUGAUCGUCACUUCUGAGGAAACUAACCAUGACGAGUGUUGUGAGAUUGACUUCAGCAUCAUGGUCUACACCAUAAAAAUAACAAGAAAGCCUUUGUACUUCUUGUUCUAUCUGGUCGGGCCCUCUGGGCUGCUCUUAUUUCUCAACCUCACAAGCUUUCUUAUUCCGGUUGAGAGCGGAGAGAGGAUUGGAUUUGUCACUACAAUUCUGUUGGCUAUGACGGUGUUCCUCUUGCUCAUGUCAUCUCUCCUUCCAGAGACUUCGAGUGGGAUUCCUAAGCUUGGGUUUAGCAUGCUUAACACAUUGGUAAUCAUGUGUAUGGUACUCCUAUCUAAUAUUCUCAUACUCAAGCUGUUUUUCAUGGAAGGAAACCCUCCGGAAUGGCUUCAGAACCCUUUCCGCUUCUUCCGCAAAAAGAAUGAAAAACGAGUCGUGCAGAUUCAAGAUGUCUCCAGCGCAAAUGGGCAGCAUUUGCUAAGUGUUGAGUCUCCUGCAAACAUUCACACGAUCCAAGCGUCAGAGGUCCCAGAUGGGAGUGACAAGCAACUCAAAGGAUCAGAGGAAAAAGGGGAGGUGCUUACCUGGAAGGAAGUGUCAAUCAAGUUGGAUAAGGUGUUUUUUGGCCUCUACGUUCUAAUUGUUGUAAUCUCGUACCUAGUCAUCUACUCAUAGAGCCAAAGGGUUCGUAAUAAAGCAUAUACCACUUUGGAAAACACCUCUACAUGUAAAACUGUGGAACACAUUAUACUCGGCAAGGUUACGCACUUACUCAGUUGUUAUAGAGCGCGCGAGGGGAAUAAGUCAAAUAAGUCAAAUAACUUACUUAGUUAAACCAAACAAAAACCGAGAAAAUUCUUAGAUCUUUUUGUACAAGUACUUGACUGCUUGGUCGUUCAGAUUUCAGUUUGGAAAAUGCAAGAAACUCAGGUUUUCUUGUAUGAUGACGUCAUUUUACUACUACGACCAAAAUCCUACAGGGUUUGCUUUUUGGUGCAAACUAGGGGUUGGGUUAUUUAACCUAGCCUAGCCUAAUACUGCCAUAGGUGUCUUUAAUAGUUUACAGUCUUGAAUUAUUUAUAAUCAGCCCAGAGUCAGUUAGUUAUUUACAUGGAGGACAUCUUCAUCUCGUUUACCUUUCAUAGAUUUCGUCAUUUAUGGGGUUUCAUAAUCAAAAAGCAUUUCUUAUUUAUGUUGUAGUUAAUUUUUUAUUUCAGGUAAUUUUUGCUUUUGUUUCAACUUCAUUAGCCAACAAUACCAUACCCAAAAACAAAAGAAAAACAUAAAUUACCUGACAUAAAAAAUGAACUGCAACAUACGCAUGUACUUAGUUUAACAAUGUUAUAAAAUUUAAGAAUAUCAAGAAGUUUAAAAAAACUUUGAUGACUCUCUAUUUCCAGGGAGAAAUAUGCAGCGAAUGCAUUCAAUUACCUACGUUGUUGAGAAAACACUCUAGUUAGAGUACCCCACUGAGGAAAGAAGUUACGUUCAUUUUAGUAAAAUAAACUAUUAUGCAGCUUGUAAAUUUUACAUGAGAUAACAAUGCUCAUCUAAUUUCAUAAAGUCAAUGACGACCAGAAAAACAAACAGACCGAUCAGGACUCAGAGGAAGUGCGUGACUGUUAACAAAACACCUAGGUAUACCGCAGAGAAAAUGAGAUAAACAUUGAAGUUAAAAAGCAUUCUAAUUUAAUACUAGAGAUGUUCAAGGAAACUCGUUUCGCUAAGAACCAUUCUUAAGUCACGUGAUUAGUAACCUGACUAUUGUCUUAAGGUCCAGCUCUUAUUGGUCAAAAAUAGCCUGUUUGAUCUGUUUGGUUAAUGAGAGUAUUAAAUGUUAAAGUUUCUUACAACUGGAAAACAAAUGCGCCAUUGGGAGCCUCGCCCAUACAUACAAAGUCUUCAAAACGGAGGUUAAAAUCAUCUUUAGCUCUUACAUCAUAUCAGUGCCAAAACAUUUUUAGCUAACCUUCAGCUAAGAGUUAAUAAGAUUCAGAAAUUUCUGGCUGUGGUAAAAUGUAUUACCUUGCGCUGAUUCUAUACUUGUAUGGAUUAUUUCACAGUAAGUAUAUUAGAAGACUAUUUCUUCUUUUUUGGUUGUAUCUAUCCAGUUACUGAAGCGUUAAUCUUCCAUUAAAAGUCAAAGGAGAAGCAGAACGAUAUUUAAUUUGAGAUCAUCAAGAGCUUUAAAUUGAGUUUCUUUUUAACACAACGUCAUGCGUUGAGAUAAAAAUAUUUACGUGUUUAGUUAGUUAACGAAACGCCUUUAUCUUUGUUUUUUUUGUUUUUUUUUAAAGAGUAAGACAGCGUCGAUGCAAAGUCAUGAAUUAAGCAAUUUUUACGGCCAUGAGUCCAUUAUCCCUGAUUAUCUCUAACUUAAGUUUAGCAGUUUCCUCUCCAUGGUAGGAAAUCCUAUGGUCUGCGAAUUGAGACGUAAGUUUAGCAUCUUUUUCCGCUAAUUCUGUUUUCUUAGCCGGAACAAAAAUAUUUCGGUUUUUUUUCACUGAUUUGCUCACGUGCCUGGUGAGAUUGACUUAAAAUAAAACAGAAAACCGGAGAGAAAAGUUUCAAACUGCUGUUCAAGUGUUCUCUGAUGCCUGAGGGCGGGCCUUUGGACAGUGAAUAGUUUUCAAACUAACUUCGCGUGUUUUAGGCAGUCACUAGCUUCAAGGACAUUCAUAUCCCCCAAGUCUUACUAUUAUAUAUGUUGAAUCUAUUGUCAACGGAAACUAACGAAAUUUUCUUAACGUAGCUCGUUCAAAGUUAUAAGCUCGUGUGGACUGGUCUGGGUCGUACUCGGCAUAUAACAAACUUAACUGAACUCACUAAAGUUACUUUGUUGAGGGUUUCUUGAGUAAAAUCUGAAACAGCACUCAUUUAUUAUUUAGCAUUUACAGGCAUGUUGCUCAAAAGAUGUUUGUUUUUCUGUUGUUAUGUUAUCAGGAUCAAAUUACUGGGAAUGCAAAGAGAUUUAAACGAUUACCAUAGAAACUAGUUAGUACAUAGAACCGUCCAAGUAUGUUUAAACUGGCUAGUAGCAAUAAUUCACUAUAAACGAGUUUGUGCAAAAUAAAGUCGUGAACAAGUUUCCCUGACAGUUUUGAAUAAAAGACUUAAAACGUUUAAAAUUUUCUAACGUGCUGAAACUUUAAAAACUCAUUAAUAAUUCGUAAAGAAAAAACAAAAAAAAAAUCUUGAAUGAGUGUCUUUAUAUUUGAUAAAGACACAGAUAAACUUUACGCCCAACUUUUAAGACCAAAGCAACCCUAAAUCUAAGUAUUAGUGCAGGAAUGAGUUGAUAUAUAUCAUAGAUUUUGAUGCCGUUCAAAAAACUCUCAGCUUCCCCUCGAGGUUUUAAACCUGAUAAUACACUCCUGCUCGUUUUUUAAACAAUACUCAACUUUGCGAAACAUUUGCAUGACACUAGUAAUACAACAAAAAAGGGCUUCCAGCAGUAAACAGCUGUUUCAUUCCCACUAUAGCAAGCCAGGUCCUGAACAUUCUGGGCCUAGUACCCUGGUGUUCUCGAUCUCGGCUCGGCUCGGACUCAGUCCUAACGUGGGUCUAAUCAUGACCCGUGACGUCACCGAUAUAUCGAUCUUCCAUAAACUUUGCCCCGACAAAGAAACAAGAUGGAACGUUGAGGACCUUGGCUGUCAUUUUUGCAUUCCAGACAGACAAUCACUGCUCCAUAGGGAAUCAAAAGUAGCGCGUUAAAGUAAUUCUUGAUUUCUUUUGCCAAUCUAAGUGACAACAUUACAGCUUUAAGAAAAGUGAACCGUGCCGAUAAAUGUCUCGAUAUGUCUCAAGAGCGUUACCAAAAACAGCGAAAAACGUUUCAAAUCUAUCCGUUACAAUUUGUUUUAACGUUCCUCGAUGUCUUCCAUCCUUGCCAUCUUCAAAGUUUUUGUUCAUUAAAUUUCUUGGUAACUAUAAGAUAGGUAAGGUUUUUGUGAUAUCCGAAAACAUCAUGGUCGACUGAGGUUAAGUGUUAUUAGCCGAUUCGAAGGCCGAGGCUAAUAAUACCCACUGAGUCCUUGAUUAUUCCGGAAUUGACAGAAAAUCGAAUUUAAUAAUUGUUUUAUAAGACAGUAUUUUGAAGAAACACCGUCGUACGGCAGCCAUCUGCUCAGGCGCUUCGUUUUCGCACAGAGGCUAGCGUGAAACACCAGAGACACGCAAGUGAGUGUUGACGAAACGCAAGGGACCAUAAAAAAGUGAGAGGGCCCGUUUUCUCCUUCCCUUCUUCCUUUGCGGGCAAAGUUUCGUCGAGAGAGAGACGCCUGGGUACGAGGCAUGUCGCGCGGAACACAGUCUGACAUUGCUCUUAGAAAUCAUACACUGCGCGCGCAACCUACGGGUCAGUUAUCUACUUGUAUAUAACUGACCAAGGAGAAGACAGAUAGUGAGUACAAUGUUAGCCUGUGCCGCAGACGAACAAAUUCCGAAAUCCUUUUUCUGGGCCCCUAGUUGUGUUCCAGGAUGUGAGCACGUGCCAUGAUUGGCUUGUAAGAUGAGUCUGUGAAAUGACAUUAAGGACGCUUACCGAUCUUUGGAUCCGUUGGGGGCCCAGAAAAACAGAGGAUAUUGGCGCUGCAAAUUUCCUUUUCGUAAACGGUCGCUGCCAUUUGGAAAAUUCUUGACCUGUUAUUGAGAGUGAUUCUGUUAAAAAGAAAGAAGAACACAACCGGCCAGGAUCAAACCCGGGCACGAACUCGGGCCUUUCGUAUGCUCUUAUUUACCAUUUUCUUCCUUACCACUACACUAUCACACCUAUCCACCCACUUAACUUAUACUUCAAUUUCAACUUGGCCUUCGACGUCGUUCUUUCUACAACUAUUCAAAAACGUAUUAUUUCCCUUAUUGGGAAUAUAUUACUUUAGUAAAAUCCAACUAGUGAGUGGUCUAUUUUCAAUGCUGCGUUCUGAUUGGUUGAGCUACUACUAGGCUAUAUCAGAAACUCAUGAGUUUCUGGCUAUAUGUUAUAGCCCACUAGUAGCGAAAAGCACCGGCUUUGAAAACCAAAACAGUGGCGGCUGAAUCGCUUUUUGCUAGCUAAAGUUGUUUUGUCUCGAUAUUUUUGACCAACUGGUUGAAUUUUACUAAAACAAUUAUUCCUCUCGCCCUCUUGGCCUCCGAGUCAAUAGCCCAUUUGGCCUUCGGCCUCAUGGCUGUUGACUCAGAGCCGAUUCGGACUCGAGGAAUAAUUGUUAAAUACCAACGGUGGUAACAACCGUUUACGAAACGAAAAUAGGCGUCGACGCUACUUCGCAGACGUCAUUUAAUUGUAAAACCGGAGUUAAAUUACGUCUGCGAUGCAGGCUAGUACAUGAUGUAUAAUAAUUUAAAUUUUCUUUGUUUGGUCAAGAGAAUCAAGCUUUUCUGAAGGACAUGACUACUUUUCCUUAAAAAGUUCCUUCACAUUUUAUAUCUUUUGUUUCUUGAAGGUGUCUCAGGUUCUUCAAAUGGUUCUUCCGAGCAUCUGAUCAGGGCCAAACUUCUGGAAAAUUACGACAAAAUAGUUUUACCUGUUACAGGCAAAAAAAUGGAAGUGCGCUUUAAAUUGAGAAUUGUCAAGCUACUCAAGGUAGUAAGUAUCACGCAGCAAAGAAAUCGAAAUCGAAAUCAGAAUCAGAAUUGUCGAAACUCCCGGCGGGGCACUCAACGGAAGUCUGGGUAGAGAGCUGUGCCACCGAGGCCUUCAAACCCCCGACCUUGUUUAAAACCGAAAUUGCUCAUUUCCCUAUCCUGUUUGUUAAGACAUGCAGGAGACACUAUUUUCCGACCCUGAUUUGUUUUGCGUACAGAAUUGAGUAAUUUUACAACGUUCAGAUUCGUGUGGACAAGGCCUAAUCUGUACACUGGGGUACAUCAAAACGUGAAGGUCAUGUGAAUUUCUAUUUUGAAAGGUCUCUAAUAGAGCGAUUUUCGUAUGACUUUGAAUUGAAAACGUGCAAACAAAACAUAAACAGCAACGGACGGGAAUAGAGUGAUUUGAUUGGUUUAUCGAACGGAUACAAACGCGCAUGUCUUUUGGUUGGUUCAGCGAAUGCCCGGGUGAAAAAACUUCAUGCCCGAGAACUUUCUAGAAAUCAAUCGAUACUUAGCUUUGACGUCAUACUGCAACACGAUUGGCCAAUCGAACAAUGCCUCCUCCAUAUUAGUGUUUUCUUUGGCGGGAAAACGAAGAGUCCAUGUUUUGAUCUUUUCAUCCAUUGGCUGAUAAAAUAAGUAACGAACACUUACCAAAUUCAUUUUUCAAGGUCAUACGAAAAUCGCUCUAAUACAGUAAAAAUGUCUUGACAAUCUGCAGUGUCCAGACUUGUCGUUUAUCGUUGUCACUUCUGGUUUGCUUGCACAGGACACCAUUGCAGAGACCAUUGCUGUGGAUGCGUGGAUGUCACAGGUAACCAGCAUAUUUCUUCUCAGUAGUGGCAUUUUGCCGAGUAUUACACUUACCGUAAUUCAUCGUAAGUUAUGCGCCGAUCAGUCGUCUAGUUUGAAAUUUCAAAAUUCUUCCCAACAACUCCGAGAUUAAUUUGUCUAUUUUGGUGUCCAUUCAGUUUUUUUUUUUUUUUUUUUUGGGGGGGGGGGGGGGGGGGUGACAAGCAUUUUAAGGGGAGUGGGCAAAAGGGUAGAUUUUUCGAUUUUAUACCGAACUGGCAACUGGCAAGGUUGCUGAAUAGUUCAACCAACAACAGAAUUCAUUUUAGCCCCUAAUUCAGUAAGAUUAGUGAUCCAUUAUAAUUUUUAAUUUUUACACUGCUACUACAUUUUUUUCAGACUUGGACAAAUGAAUUCUUGCAGUGGAACGCCAGCAAAUUUGGAAACUAUACUAUACACUUUUGGCCUGAUGAGGUCUGGACACCAGAUAUUUCGCUUUUAAAUAAGUAAGUAGUGUAGAAUGAAUUUUUAAACAUAAUUGACCAACAUUAGCUUGCACGUUGUGUACGACGUACCAAAACGUACCCCAAUAGAGAGAAGUGUGGCGUUGCGUUACCAUGGUAGCAAAUUUCUGGUUCUCAAUAAUCUUUCUUGACAGAGACGGCCAUUUGCAUUGUCGAACGAUGGAAUAAAAUUAUGGGCUACCGUUUUGUCCCCGAAUGCAAUCAUGCACAGGAUAGUGAUACGUGUCAAUUAGUUUCGGUCUUUUUUUUCUGUCAUAUUUGCAAGACCACAGGUUGUCGAGAUCCAGAAAUUUUGCUACCGUGGCAACGUGACGUAAUUACUCCUUCUCUCUUUCUCUCCUUCUCCUCCCCUCUGACAGAAACCUAAACAAUUGUACUGAACGAUGUUCUCUUCCCCAAAUGAUUUUUUCUCUAUAGCGCUGAAGAUGACGAUUCAAGAAAAGGGAAAAUAGAAUUUGCCACAGAAGUAAAAGUACACAGUACUGGAUUGUGCAUUCUUAACGGUAUGACCACUUUGACAGCUUCCUGCCAACUAAAUCUCGAAGACUGGCCCUUUGACAACCAAACCUGUGUAUUUAUGUUCGGCUCCUAUACAUAUGGAACUGACAGGAUGACCCUCAAACAACCGCCAGCUCGGCGCUAUGAAGAAAUGUUAAGCGGUAAGCUUGCCCUGUUUUAAUGUACUCUCCGGUUUUUUUGCACAAAUAUUUCUGGAAAAUCUGGUUGUAAAGUAAACAGAAUAGGCGACUUUUUGGGUCGCUCCAACGAAAAAUUUCCGCCUGGAGCAACGGAACAUCUGAAAAGAUAGUCUUGUCAGCAGAAAUGUUCCAAACGGAAACUCUUGUUCCAUUUCUUCAAAACCAUCAAUUUCAGGCCUUCGUGGCCGUUUUUCACUAAAUGGAACUGUUUUGUACAAAUGGUAAAUGCAAUUUCGGGACAAAUUUUACCAGUCCUGAAUUUUGCUACUUUGAACGCAAAUAACUUAAGUUGGCGACUUUGAAAGAGUUUUAAAAUAGACCUUUUUACCAAUGCGGCGACCAUAUUGAAUUAAUUCGAUUUAAGGAGUAUUAUAGGAUGUCCAGGGCGCAUAAGCACAUUUCGUUUGUAUUUUCGAGCGCUUUUCGGGACAUUUUUUCUUUAGGUUUUCUUAGAAUAAGAUUGUAAUGGGAAAAAAAAGAUCCUUGUGCCGUGUUUUGACGUAAUAAUGAUCGCCUUUUUCUAGUUUAGUAUCAGAAAUAUGGCACAAGGAUCUGUUUUCCCAUUACAAUCUUAUUCUAAGAAACCUUUAAGAAAAAAUGUCCCCAAAAGCGCUCGAAAAUACGAACGAAAUGUGCUCAUGCCCCCUGGGCAUCCUAUAAUACUCUUUAAAUCGAAUUAAUUCAACAUGGCCGCCGUAUCGGUAAAAAGGUCUAUUCGCCACCUGACUUUAAAAAGCGAGUCGGGAACUGGAGCCUAGAUGGGUCUCGCAAGUGUUUCUGGGAUAGUUUCUAGGAACGCGGUGGUCAGCCAUUGGCCAAUUUUUUUUUUCCCUGUCCCUGAUAAUAGCCUAGGGCGCUUUCUAUUCAGCCAAAACUUCCGGUUUGAAUUUUCGUCAAUUUCCAGCAUAGCCUGCGAAGCGCAGAGGUAUUUCCGGUCGUCGCUUCUCUCCUUCCGAAAAAAUACGCCCGCGCUUAGCGGGCUACUUCCAGCAGCAAAUGAAACCCCAAAAUAGGACAACCUCCCGAGGUAUACCCAGAUUUUCGAGAAAUUUUUCCAGGAAGUUUUCUUUCCAUUCAACUUUGCUCCCGGAAUUUCAAAAAUUUUCGGUUAAAUGGUUCCCCUUUUCGGAAAUUUAACAAUUUCCGGAAUAUCUAGAAACUUUUGCGGUAAAAUUCUGUACCAAGUACCGCUGCUUCCAAAUUUUCGAAAGUUUUCGUUGAAUUGGAAAGCACCCCAAGAGGUCUUUGAGAAAUUUAACCAGGCCCAGUUUCCCCUCGUUUCUAAAGUGGCGAUAUUGCGCAGACAUGCAUCAAGCUUUUUGCACAUUUCUUUUACUGCACAUCCCCCGACUACAACGUGAAACUGCCCUAUUUCACGUUGUAUUGAUAGCGUAAACAUACGGCGACUUUUUCUUUCUCUUAAACUUGGAUAUUCAUCUCCAAGAGAGUUCACCUUAGACAAAUUGAGCGAGUAAACACAACUGCACUCAGAAGUUAGUUUCAAAGAACGCGAAGUCACUUUUAGCGACAGUUUUUAGUGAGGGCAGGAAGCUUUAAGUUGGUUACGUUGUCCAGCGAAUCAAAACACUGUGCUUAUUGAGAACUUAACUUAACUCUUUCACAGAUCGGUUUUUAUCAAAUGGUAACUGGGAUUUACAAGACAUCCAAAUUAGUACUGCGACAACCGACCAUGAAAACUGCUGUCACACUAAUUUCAGCGAGAUCGUCUACACCUUGAAAAUAGCAAGAAGGCCUUUGUACUACUUGUUCUAUCUGGUCGGGCCUUGUAUUAUACUCUUAUUUCUCAAUCUUACAAGCUUUCUCAUUCCAGUGGAAAGUGGGGAAAGAAUUGGCUUUGUCACAACAAUUCUGUUGGCCAUGAUAGUGUUCUUGCUGCUGAUGUCAUCUCUCCUCCCGGAGACUUCGAGUUUUGUCCCUAAACUUGGAAUAAACUUGAUGGCGACAAUGGUGAUUAUGAGUAUGGUACUCUUGUCUAAUAUCCUCGUGCUCAAGCUGUUCUUCAUGGAAGACCAUCCACCGAAAUGGUUGCAGCGCCUUUUCCGCUUCUUCCACAAAAAGAAUCGAAAACGAGACGCGCAGAUUCAAGAUGUCUCCAGCGCAAAUGGGACGCAUCUGCCUGGUGUCGAGUCUCCUGGUAGUAGUCACCAGAUGAUUCAAAACUUCGAACACUUACAGGGGAGUAAAAAGGUAGACAAGAGAUCAGAGGAAAAAGUUGAGGAGCUUACCUGGCAGAAAGUGUGCAUCAAGUUGGACAAUGUGUUUUUCUUCCUCUUCAGUUUGAUCGCUGUGAUUACCUAUGCCGUGAUUUUUUUGUAAACAUCGAGUCAAUUUAGGUUUCUGGGGAAACUGCCCAGCUACCCCUUCCCUGAUCUAGCAUUAACACUUACUUCUCACUAAGAGCAAAAUGUUGGCUUAGGGGAGGGGUAGGUGGGCAGUUCCUCAAAAACCUAAACUGAUCGUAAAUAUCAUCUAAAAACAGAAGGCUUUUAUAAACAAUUAUUGGCUGAGGUUUUUGUGGUAUCCGGAAUAAGGCAAGAUCGUCGAGGUAAGUGUUAUCAGCCGGGCCGAAGGCCGAGGCUGAUAACACUUACCGAGACCUUGAUUAUUUAGGAUAUAACAAAAACCGAAUCUAAUAAUUGUUUUAUUAUACAUCGUUUUGAAGAAAAUAACGACGACAAACACACGGUCGCAAUCUUGAAGGAACCUGAAUUGAUAGUGUUAUUAGAAAUAAUGCAUUGCUCGCGCAACCUACAGAUAAGUUAGUUAUCUGCUAGCAGAAUAACUAAUCUGUAAAGGCUCUUAGCCGGUGAGAAAACAGAUAGUGAGUACAAUGUAUAAUAAUUUGAAUAAUCAACCACUUAAGACGAGAUUAUUAUUGUAAGAUAUGGCAGAAUUUGUAUAUAUGGAAGGUUUCAUAUUCCGCACAUCAAUAGUAUCAUACCUAAGUUACCUUUGCACAAUUCUGAGUCAUAGUGUACUAUACUGUUCAUUUGAACAUUUUGAGGCCUUUGAGCACAGCAUAUUCUCUCGAUCUUUUGAAUGCAAAUUUUAAAUAUCUCACGAAGUUCCUACUGCUUUGCCUGAUGUUACGUUAUUGCUAAGAACAAGAACUUGUAAUUUAAAUUUAAAGAGGGAGUCUUGUUUUUGGGUGCACAGGUACCCCUGAAGCACAAAACCAAUUUUCACAAUAGAAACUACAGCAUUCCCAAAAAGCAAUACACCUCUCUCCAUCCUUAAGACAUUUUGGUUGCAUUUGCAUUUUUAGAGGAGAAGCGAGUCCCAGAUUGUCUCUUACGCUGUCUUCCUCAAUCGUUUCUUGACGAUGAACAAAGCCCACGAAAGCGAGCCAUGAACGGCAACAGGCAAACAGACAUCAGUGAUAUCGCAAACAGAAGCUUCAUCAUGCUGUUUACGUAAACACCGAAAAAUUAAAUUCAAAAUCAGUGUAUUUUUUCUUUAAAGAGGGUACACUUUGCAAGACUGAGUGUAAAAAGGAUAAAAAAGGGCACAAUGUUUAUCUUUUCGCCCCUCUCAUCUUUUGAGUGGAGAUUAAAGUAAGGACAACCCCCGGUCUUGAAAGACAGAAUUUACCCUGUGAGCAAAAUAAAAUACGGGACAAAAACGCUAGGUAUUGGAUCCCCAAAACGAAAACCGAAGAAAAAUGGGGCAACAAUAGGUUUUACUGUCUGGUAUCAAGUUAAACAAGAAAAAAACGCAAUGCUUAGUUGACUGAGGAAAAUAUACAUUGCACCUAAAAGCUGAAAUUGUCACGACCCCGAGCAGAUAAACUACCAGUAGGUUUUGACCGAAGACAAGUUGAGCAUUUAUCAAUUGGUUCUGCUUUGUAGUAGGUAAACGAAGCAUCACAUGCAAUUCCCAAGGUGUUGCUGAAUCACACGAGAUAGCAAAGGUAAUUCGGAGGUUCAAAGAACGCUUUUUGCACUCAGUAAAGCGAGUUUUCCUACACCUCAAUUAAUCACUG